CGGAAAUUUUAUAACUUGUCUCUGUGCGGGGCGGUUGUUAUUCGCUUGAAUAAGGUCCAGCGCGGCUCCAGCCUAAGGCGCGGGACGUCGCAUGUGUUCCUCGUGACCGUGCGCCCCAAACUGGAAUUAAUGUUGAAAUACUUCAAUGAGAACAUAUCCCUAGCGCUCCAGGAGAGGUACAGGGACCUCCAUGAUUACCGGAAGACGGAACCGGUAGAGGAGGGCUCACCGAGGGAGGCGAAAGUACCGAAAAUAGCGGAGGAGGGCGAAGCGGUCGGCGGCGAGGGCGCUUACGAGGCGGGCGCCGCGCCGCCGUACCCUAGACUCCUGGAGGCGCCCAAGGAAGAGGAUAACUUUGUGACGAGCUGGCUGCAGAAUUCUUUCAAGAUGACUGCAGCGGAGGGCGGCGAGGCUGCAGCGGCGGGCAGCGCCUUGGACCUUCGCGCGGCGCCGCUCUCGCUACACAUCCCUGCGCUGCAGCCCGACCAGCGCCAGUUCAAGCUGCAGGACUUUUGGGCGCGCAGCCGGCCGGCCAGCCCUCACGAACCGCCAGCGACUCAUGAACCACUCGAGCUGGCACAGCCGGGGCCAGCGCCGCCUACGCCGCAGCCACCCGCCACACCAGACCACAAAAUCAUGCCUGACAAGCUGGUUACCGACAUACAGCAACAAUCACCAUCCGCUGACUCAACAAUGAGCGAGAGAUCCCUCGUGCCAUUUGCACUGGUAAAUUUACUGUCAUCACUCAAUAAUAUCGAUCCACAACAGCAGUCACCGACGGGGGAGGCGCCGAUGCCCGACCGCAGUAUGCUACCCUUCGCAUUGGUAAAUUUCCUGAAUAGCCUCAAUCUUGAUCAACAAGCGCGACCGGGGCAGAGCAUAAGCGAGCGCACGCUGGAGGAGUGCUGGUCGACGCUGCAGCGAAUCUUCAUGCACAAGAACGCAAUGCAGAUGCACGCACGAGAACUGCAGCGUGGGCUGGGGGGCGAGGUGAAGCCCCACCAGUGCCAGCAAUGCCUAAAAUCCUUCAGCUCCAACCAUCAGCUCGUCCAGCACAUCAGAGUCCAUACCGGAGAGAAACCAUAUAAAUGUUCAUAUUGUGACAGACGCUUCAAACAGCUCAGCCACGUGCAACAACAUACUAGACUGCAUACAGGAGAACGGCCAUACAAAUGCCAUCUACCGGACUGUGGGCGCGCGUUCAUACAACUGUCGAACCUACAACAGCAUUUAAGAAAUCAUGACGCCCAAGUAGAGCGUGCGAAAAAUCGACCUUUUCAUUGUAAUAUUUGCGGCAAGGGCUUUGCUACCGAAAGCAGUCUACGUACGCAUACAGCCAAGGAGCUGAGCGAAAUACGAAAAUCGAAGACAAUGCUAGCCGGAACCACGGCGGCUAUAUCUAAUGAGCUUCAGCUGCACCUUGGUGUUUUGCAGCAACACGCGGCGCUGAUGAUAGGGGGCGCCACUGCUACCCCUUGUCCGAUUUGUCAUAAAGUCGUAUUCGGGGGUGAAGCCCUCGUCGAACACAUGAAGAACACCCACAAGGACCCCAACGCGUCCGGCGUUGCGAGUCCACCCGCCACUUCACCGUACCCAGCGCAAGCUAAACCAAUUGAUCCUUAUAUAGCGAAGCGGCGGACUGCCAACCAUCCGUGCCCUGUCUGCGGGAAGCAUUACGUGAACGAAGGUUCCCUGAGAAAGCACCUCGCCUGUCACCCCGAGACCCAACUCACCAGCAGCCUACGCAUGUGGCCGUGUUCUGUUUGCCAGGCCGUUUUUACACACGAAAAUGGUCUACUUUCCCAUAUGGAACACAUGAGAAUGGAACCUAAACAUCAAUUCGCCGCCCAAUACGUACUAUCGCGAGCGGCGGCAGAGCGCAGGGAGCGGGAUAUACUGGCCGCCGUGUCCGCCUCGGCCGGCGGUUCCGGCCUGCUUAACCUCGCCCCGCCCUCCCCCACGCACUCCGACUCCUCAUCCAACGGGCGACUGUCUUCGUCCGCCGGUUCCGAAGCCGGUGCCACGGUAAACAAACUUUCAGAUUUGCUCAGAUCCAACAAUGGGCAAGCUUAUGGUGAUGAAAGAGUAGCAGCCAUAGCGGCUGCCGCUGCUAACAUGAUGGCGCAACCUGGAGAAGGAGCGAACGCAGUGCAAGUAGCCGCGGCUAACUUAGUAUCAGCGAUGAGACAACAAUUAGCGAGAGAACCACCACCAGAGACACCGGCACCUAACGAGGCAACUCUCCGCAUGCAACAAGCUGAAGCGCUGCUCAGAAGUCAAGCGGAAGCUCUUAGAUUAGCGGUGUCCCAAGCCGCUGCCGCGCACAACACUGAGCCUCCCAGUCCACUCAGACACAACGGAGGUUUCCCGACACCAACCAACGACGCCAGUGGGCAGCUAUCGCCCGAGCUAGUGGAAGCGUUUCGAAUCGCCCAAGAACAAAGAUUGGAACAAGCGCUGCGUUUGCACGAUCCGAGAAUGCUUGGCUUUAAUAUACCAUCCCCACAGCAAGUUGCUCAGCAGGCUGCACAACAAGCGGCUCAACAAGCUGCUCAGCAAGCUGUAGCUGCACAACAUGCUGCUCAAGCGCAAGCACAAGCACAAGCUCAAGCUCAAGCGCAAGCACAAGCUCAAGCGCAGGCACAAGCACAAGCACAGGCGCAAGCCCAAGCCGCUCAACACAUGCAGCAAUCGUCGCUGCAUAUGGCACAAGCCCAGGCGGCGCAACAGGCCGCACAGCAGGCGGUCCACCUACAGCAAAACCCUCAGCCAUGAAAAUUCAGCUAUUACUAAUCCGAUGCAAUUUCGUUUCUGCAUUAAACAAAAAUAAAACCAGUUUAGUAUACAAACCAAAAAUAAAUAAGAUAUAUUUUCGGAUAACAAAAUAUAAUUUUUUUCGAAGCGAAGCGAAAUCGCCUCAGAUUGGUAAUCGCUUGACGUUUUUUUUACAACAGUUCACAGAAAAUUCAAAAGAAAUAGCAUUUCGUUUUAUGAGUCGUUCGGAAAUUAUACAAUGUUUGUCUAUUAGCAUUUUAGAUAGGAAUAACUGUUGUAAAUAGGGAAACGUAUAGUCAGGGACAUUAUUGUGUACAUGUAUAUAUAAAAAAAAAACUUAAAAUUAUAGUCGAAUGAACAAAAUCGGAACAAGAAACUCGCCCGAACAAGUAAUUAGAAUUAGAGAGAGACCUGAGACAAAUAAAUUCUGUGCAAUCUUCGAUGGUUUAUUCGUUUUGGUUAUUAUUGAGUGUUUAUUAUUGAGAUAUAUUUAUUUUUAAAUAGCUUUAUGGUAGAGCGAUGUAUUUCUUAGCUUAGUAAAAACUUUUGGAUGUGCCAAACUCUUUAUUUAGCACAUUUCUCUCGUAUUUCGAGAAUUCUUUGCAAUAUCUACAUAAUGUCCAUAUAUAUUUUUAUUAUUUUCUUUAUUAUUACCUUUUCAUGCAAUAACACGUCUUAUGCUAGUCAAAUUUAGA